AUGUGCAAAGCGUCGCCAGCGACGUGCCAUCGCUCCGGGGUCUUGCAGCAGCUGGAAACCUGGAAGCAAUACCAACAAACUGUCCAGCUGUUCUUUGUGGAACAGCUGGCACUGGAGCUCUCCUCGCAACUGGAUCUGGCAGGCGAUGCCUCGUCCAGGUGCCGCGAAAUUUCAGAUCGCAAUGAGCAUCCACAGCCGCCAGUGUGGCCGCAUGGUGCCUUGGUGUACACUGCAACGGACAAUGGUCAGUCACUGAUUUGGGGCUCCGCUUCCACCGCGUGCAGCGAAAUUUCAGGUCCCAAUGAGCACCCACCGCGGCCAGCUUUGCCGCAUGCUGCCUUGGUGGGCGCCGUCACGGAGAAUGCCACGGAGAAGGUCACGGAGAAUGGUGAGCACCGUUCUCCCAUGGCUCCCAGGUCAUUGGUUUGGUCUCCGAUAAGGACGCAGCAGAUUCCACAACCGUGCAAAAGCAAGCGCCCAGCGCGCCGCCGGAGUGUCCGUGGAUCCCCCCCAAUUGGUCUGGAUGACGAGAGUGAGAACGAAUCUCCAGAAGUCGGGCAGUGCAACGAAGUUACAGAUCUCAAUCAGCUUCCGCAGCAGCCAGCAUUUCCGCAUGCUGCUGUGGUGAGCAUUGCCAUUCAGAACGGCGAGCACCGUUCUCAGUCACUGACAUGGGGCUCCGCUUCCACCGCUUCGGGCUCAUCGGAGGAUGCCUCACAAUUGCAGUGCAGCGAAAUUUCAAUUCGCAACAAGCACGCACCGCGGCCAGCUUUGCCGAAUGCUGCCUUGGUGGGCACCGUCACGGAGAAUGCCACGGAGAAGGUCACGGAGAAUGGUGAGCACUGUUCUCCCAUGGCUCCCAGGUCACUGAUCCGGUCUCCGAUAAGGACGCCGACAAGUGCAUGCUUUGGUCUGCAGCCGCAGUCUGCGAACGACGAGCCGCCGACUCUGGCAGCCCCUGCCAAGGAUGAGCGAAAGCGCAAGAGCUGGGGUUCCGCUUCCACCCGGUCGGGCUCAUCGCAGGAUGAAUUGGAAGAGCUGCGCGGCGAAAAUUCAGAUCACAAUGGGCAGAUUCUGGACCCCUUCGACCCCUCACGAAACCUGCUGCCCGAUCUCUUGCCGUACCUUUCUGUGGAUGACAUUUUGGAAUGGCGAGUGGCUUCCUGCCAGACCAGAAGUCCAAGAGCCUUAAUACAGCACGUGUCCGAAAUGGGCAGGUUGGACAGGUGGGAGUCAAUGCUCGAAUUUUCUUUACGAAUCCAGUCCGGUGAAGAAGAUCCCGCUGCCUUCUAUGAGGAAAUGGCAAAGGAUGUCAGGCAACAGAAGUUCUUCGAGUGCCGCUGGUGGUGUAUCAGACUGGCAAGGGCAAAGGAAACCCAUUUCUCAGAGAGUGAUGCCUACGAUAUCGUCAGCGCAAACCUUCGAGAUCUGUUUGCGCACUGCGGCGACGCGGAUAUACCUGUGAGAAUUUCCGCGCAUCAUCUUGUUUCAAAACAUGGGUCGGGUGGCCUCCCAUUCGUGCAGCGACUGAUUGCGGAAGCAAUGCUUGGCCACAUGGAAGACGUGCUGCCAGAGUCCCAGGAAAUCAGUGAAGACGCCUGGAAGCAGGCAAUGGACUGCACAGGCCAUCUUGCCUACCUUCUGCGCACUCUGACAAAGCCUCAGCGUCAGAAGUGGGUGUCCCAGCUGGUCAAAGCCCUCAGGAGCCCGGAGUCGUUGCAGGGCCGAUUACAGGAAGACGUGUUUUCUGGCCUGAAGCUUCUGUGGCGAGCUGAUGACGAUCCCGAACGAAGCUAUGCAGAAGCCGAUCAUCAACUGAAGGCUUUGUUAAAGCGCAGCAGCGGACGUUUGCAGCAACAAAUUUACAAGCUCCUCGCGUGCUGA